CAGGCAUAACAGCAGAACCUACAACAGUUCCCACAGUGGAACCAAGUACUGCUGCAAGAGUUGAGUCAACUACACUUUUUACAACAGAACCUACAGCAAUUCCCACUAUGCAAUCAAGUACAGCUUCAACUAUUAAAUUAACAACAGCCAUAACAACAUAUUCUGCAACAUCUUUCACCACUGAUUCAAGUAUAGCCUCAGCUGUUGAAUCAACUACAGCUAUAACAACAGAAUCUACAACAGUUUCCACCAUGGAAUCAAGUACUUCUGCAAUGUCUGAAUCAACCACAGCAGAUCCUACCACAAUCACUGUUAUGGAAUCAACUGUACCUACAUUGGGUGUGGAAUCAACAACAGGUCCAACAACAGCAAUGCAAGUUGUCAUAUGGCAAAUUAGCUUUACAACAAAUGAAGAAUUUUUUUCAGACCUACUGAACUCAUCUUCACAAGCCUUCAUCUCUAGAGUAGCACGUGUGAAAUCAGAGUUUGAACCAGAAUUUGAGGCAGCAUUCAUCAACUUCAUUGAGCUAACAGUAAAUAGAUUCAGGUCUGGAUCGAUCAUCACAGACAUGAAUUUACAGUUCAGUGAUUACGGAAGUCUGCCCAAUGAUACGACAGUCAUUGAUACUUUGCGCAAUGCAAAAUCUAGUUUUAACAUUACAAGUGUUUAUGUGACAGAAACACCAACAACACCAACAGUUCUGACUACAGCUGCACCAAAAACUGUAUCAAAUACUACAGAUACAAUGGUCACUACAACUACAACUUCUCCUGCAAUAACAACUCAAGUUCCAGCAACCACAACUACAUUUCAGGCUUCAACAUCUGUCUCAACACCAACAGCUACUCCAACAACAACUACUACUACUCUGAUAACAACAAGGCCAAAAACUUCUCCAACAACAACUACAAAAACUCUAAUAACGACAAUACCAGAAACUACUCCAACAACUACUACUACUCUGAUAACUACAAUAUCAGAAAUUACUCCAACAACUACAACUACUCUGAAAACAACAAUACCAGAAACUAGCACAGCAGCAAAAACGAUUGAAAUGACAACAAUUAGAGCACCAAUAACAACAAAAGUAACACCCACACCUACAUUAAUGCCAACAACUACCACAACAACAUCAACAGUAAAUACUACUAGUAUAACUACCCCAUCACUUCAUACUACUACUCCAACAACUACUAUUACAAAAACAACUUCAACAACUCCAACAACUUCUACAACUAUUAGAACAACUCCAACAACUACCACCACAACUCCAACAACUACUACUACAACAACUACUACUACUACUACUUCAACAACAGUAGCAACAACAACACCUGCACCAACGCGUCCACCCCCGGCUGUUGCUCUACAGAUUGUAAUCCAGAAAGUGUAUGUUGUAGAGCUGAGUAACCCUCAGAGUGAGGAAUUCCGCGUUCUAGCCCUUACAGUGGCAGCAUCAUUUGAUGUGGUCUACAAGGCACGAUAUGGGAUUCUCUUCAUCAGAACUGUUGUGCUGGCCUUCAGACCUGGAACCACUCGUGUAGAAAACGUAGAAGCAGAUGUCCAGUUAAUAUUCAAUGAGAACUCCACAAUGCCCAUUCCGGCUUCUACUGAAAUUGUGAGCACUCUGAAAGAGGCUAUAUCAAAUCCAAACUCAGGUUUCAACUUGGCAGUGGUUGCAACCUCCAUCACUGUUCUCAGUGUUCCACAGACUGUCACAGUGAUAUUACUAACAAAUGGCACUUUUGUAAUGGCUCUCUCAGACUCCUCUUCAGAUUUAUUCACAAACAGGUCAUCAAUGAUCAAACGGGGACUGGAACCCUUUUUCACAGCUGACUACCCUUCAGUAUUCAGCAGCUUGACACUGUCAAAUUUCAGUGAUGGAGGAGUCAGCUCUACUGGUAUAAGAAUGAUCCAGAACUCAAUGGAUCUGUUGUUUGGAACAUCUGCUACACUGCCCAACACCACCCAGAUUGGACAAACUAUAAUUAGAGCAGCUAAAAAUAACAGCCUCCCCUUCCAGAUCUUCACCUCAAAAAUCAUAGUGAAUGGCAUUGUAAUAUCAUCAAGUGAUGUCAGCAGCAAGAUCAGCAUGUUCACAGCAACCUUUACAGUGGCCAUCUCACUUCUGGUCAGUCGGUCCAGCUGAAGCACAUUCUACAAUCUGGUUCUUGAAUCUUUUCUCCACAACAAAACGUCGCAAAUAUUA